CAACAAGACGUGUGAAUUGGACUCUGAGCUCCCCAAACGAUGAAAAUUCACGCAAGUCUGAAGCUCAUCCAGUACAUUUGCCGGAUCCUCAGUGUUCGUGAUGACUUCAGUGUCUUCCCGCACUACGUAACGUACAAAAUCAUCGCUGAUUUCCUGAAAAAACUAAAACGAAAGUCAUGCACUUUUCGCGUUUAUUUGGAUCGCGUAUCGAACGAGUCAUCUGGAGACAUUGCCACCGAACAUUGCUUAUUUGUGAACAGCAAAGUGUUUAAUUAUUAUUGCUCAUCGCGGGACGAUGCGUGGGUCGAAGUGGAAAUCAAAUCCAGACGCGACAAAAACUCCUCGGCGGGAAAACGCAGAUACAAAUGUCAUAAUUUGCUGUAUCGAUUGGUGCCUGUUGACGAUCUUCAACCAGUUUCAGCUUGUUUUACGACUCCCAAAGGCUACAACGAACUGUAUCACGCCUGCCCGUCUGAACAUGUCUUCGUGAGUUUGAGAAAAUCCCACCAAGUGCCUCAAAUGAUGAAAAACGCCUCAAUUGCGAUCGUCAGUUAUCACGAACUCUCGAAUUCCGACGCGGAUUUCAUCAUCGGAAAAUAUUUCGAGACGCCGCGUUUCCUUCACAGCCAAGAAACGUACGAAAUUGAGCUGAAAGAAGAGCUUUUGGGGUCCUGGUAUUACGCCGAAUACUUUUUAACGUUCUCCAAACUCAAGAGAUUAUCGUUUCUCGUCACACAUCUCGAGAAUAAAAACGGAAAAUCCGAAAGUGUCGGCGUUAUAAUGAAAAAUUUGACAACGCUGCGUCACGUGCCAAACGACAGUUUUCGUAUUCCGCGAAAAGUUUACCAAAGCCCGCUGGGGCUCAAAUCCUACGUGGGUCAAUUAGUUGCCAGUAUCGAGCCAUUUUUGAACAAAAGUUACGUGGAAGACUACUCAACGCAACCGAUUUUCCUCGUGGAAGGCAGUCGCGGGUCAGGACAGGAAAUUAUUGUAGCAGCUACCGCCGAAAGACUCGGAUUUUCCAUCAAAUAUGUGGAUUGUGUGGAACUUAUGACGAGCUUAGCGGCUCAAACUGAGUCAAAAUUGUCAAAUAUCAUGCUGAAGUCGACGUCACAUCACUCUCUGAUAAUUUGUUUUGAGAAUUUUGAGACUUUUGCUGCCGCCGACAGGAAUAAUCAAACGGAUUUACGACUAAUUUUGGCAUUUGAAGCGAUGAUGGACCAAUUUUUCGAGAAAAAUAAGACUUCGGUGAUCGUAGCGACGUCAAAUAAUCUCAUCACCCAAUGGAAACUCAAGUCAUUGUUCCUCGAAACGGUUCAAAUCAAGGGAUUAACGAAAGCAGAACGAUUUGAAACACUUUUAUGGUUGUUUGAGCAAAAAAGGAACAUGAAUGUAAAGAAAUCCAAGACGAUUGAAUUCUUGCACAAAGCUGUCGAGAAGACAAACGGCUUGAAUUUCGGCGAUUUGCAAGUUCUUGUCGAUAAUUUCCUCAUAAAUCACCUGAGUCAACCGGGAAAUGGCGAUUUUUGUGUGGAUUCCUUCGAAAAAGAGUCAGAUGGGCUCUUCAAGGCAUGCAAAGAACACACUUUGUCGAUCCCGAAAGUCGAAUGGAGCGAAAUUGGCGGCUUGGAUGAGUUAAAAACGGAAAUUCAAAACACAAUUCGUCUUCCGAUGCAACACAAAAACCUCAUGGGCAAGUACAUGAAGCGCUCCGGAAUUCUCCUGCAUGGUCCUCCGGGCACGGGAAAGACUUUAAUCGCCAAAGCAGUUGCCACGUCGUACCAAAUUAACUUUUUAUCCGUACAAGGACCCGAAUUGCUCAACAUGUAUGUCGGGCAAAGUGAGGAAAAUGUUCGAGCUGUGUUCGCAAAUGCCAAAGCGAAUUCCCCCUGCGUCGUGUUUCUCGACGAACUUGACUCUCUCGCGCCAAAUCGUGGCGCCAGUGCUGAUUCGGGCGGCGUUAUGGAUCGUGUAGUGUCGCAGUUACUCGCAGAGCUGGAUGCAAUUCUCGCAGAUCCAAAUUGUCAGAUUUUUAUUUUGGGAGCGACGAAUCGACCGGAUUUGAUUGACCCGGCGUUGUUGCGUCCCGGAAGGUUUGAUAAGUUGCUUUAUGUGGGAGCAUUUACGAAAUUAGAUGAGAAAGUGAAUGUGCUGGAGACAGUGACGGCUCCCUUCCAGCUCGGGAAGAACGUGAAAUUGCCUGAAUUGGCGAAAUUAUUGAAGGCGGAGAUAACGGGAGCGGAAGUUUAUGCCUUGUGCUCGAAUGCGUGGUUAAGUGCCGUAAGGAAAACCGUUGGAAAUAAAAAGGAUCCAAAAGUUAGGGAAGCUCUCUCGAAAAAUGAAGUUUUUGUGGAAACGGCGGAUUUUCAAGAAGCUUUGAAAAUGUUGGGAUUGGGGAAAAAAGUUUAAUUUUUUUGUUUUUUGUGUGAUAUUUUUUAAAUUUUUUAAAUAAAAUUGUUGUGCCU